AUGAAUUAUCAGACACUCAAUAUGGCUGGUGUUACAUUGCCAGUGCAGCAAGACGACCAAAGUCAUGUCAACGAAGCCGACCCGCUGAACGGCCAGAGCCACGAUGACCGGCUCGAGCCGAAUGUCCAACAGAAACCUAGUACAUCACCACAAAGCUUCACGCCGCGCUCAUUGAUCGUCGGGCUCAUUAUUGGUGCCCUUAUCACCUUUUCAAAUACAUAUUUCGGGCUUCAGACAGGAUGGAUCAGUACAAUGGCGAUGCCAUCAGCUUUGAUUGGCUUUUCGGUUUUCAAGGUCUUGACAAAAUACCUAUCGUUCCCAUUCACACCAAUCGAGAACGUUCUUAUUCAAACAGUCGCCGGCGCAGUGGGGACAAUGCCCUUGGGCUGUGGAUUUGUUGGGGUGAUUCCUGCAUUGGAGUUCUUGCUCAAGGAUGGUGAAGACGGACCAAAAGGCGAUGGAGGAGAAGGCGAAGGUGGUCCUCUGAAACUGGGAUUUUGGAAAUUGGUCGUUUGGAGUCUCGGAGUCUGUUUGUUCGGUGUCGUCUUCGCGGUGCCGCUGCGGAAAGAGGUCAUUGUGCGUGAAAAAUUACGCUUCCCAAGUGGAACGGCCUCUGCCCUGAUGUUGCGGGUUCUUCACGGUGCUGCCAAAGACGAAAAGAAGCCCUUGACAACCGAAAGUGAAAGCAGCGGGCGAGAGGAGCUAGUCGGUGACAUUCGAUAUUCUGCGAAUGGUGAAAAUGAGGGCCUCUUGGCCAAAGAUCUGGAUGCCGAAGACCAGACGAUGGACAAGAAAGACUGGCGCUCGAAGAUGCGCCUUCUUAUCGGUGCCUUUGUCCUUUCUGGUGUAUACACUCUUUUCUCGUACUUUGUCCCCUUUGUCAGAGAAAUUCCGGUGUUUGGCCUGGGAUUGGCACAUAAUUGGCUCUGGACGCUGAAUCCAUCGCCUGCGUAUAUUGGACAAGGAAUCAUCAUGGGCCCUUCAACUUGCAUGCAUAUGCUCUUCGGCGCAGUGCUUGGCUGGGGCAUUCUGUCGCCCUUGGCUCGAUCGCGUGGAUGGGCUCCGGGACCGGUCGAUAGCUGGGACAAUGGAAGCAAAGCUUGGAUUGUUUGGAUCUCUCUGGCGAUCAUGCUUGCGGAUUCACUUGUCAGUCUUGGGUGGUUGGUACUCAAGCCAAUCGUCAAUAAGUCUCCAGAAUGGAUCGCUUGGCUUCGGUCCACUCGCUUGGGCAGACGGAUUGCGCGGCGACUCAGACCUUCCGGAUCUACUGACCAUUCGUACAUCAAUUAUUCGGCCUUACGUUCGGGAAACCAUGAAGACCAUGUCGACGAGGAUCUGACUCCUCACCACGCCGGAGCGACGAUUAUCGCGAAGGAGGCCGAGGACGAAGAUGCUCCUCCGUCCGAGCUCAUUUCCACGCGCACGGUCGUGAUUCUUCUUCCCCUGACUUUGGUUUUGAAUGUUGUGUGCAUGCACUACGUUUUCGGCGACAUCAUCUCACCCUGGCUAUCCAGUCUCGCCACCGUACUCGCAGUUGUUCUCUCUAUUAUGGGCGUACGAGCUCUAGGCGAGACAGAUCUGAACCCAGUCUCCGGUAUCAGCAAGCUCACCCAACUCAUCUUCUCCAUAGCCACGCCAGCCUCGCGAUUCUCGCGGCGCACAGCGCUCGUAACCAAUCUUCUCGCCGGCGCCGUUUCUGAAUCAGGCGCCCUCCAAGCCGGCGACAUGAUGCAAGAUCUCAAGACGGGGCAUCUGCUCGGCGCAAGCCCCAAAGCCCAGUUUUACGGACAAAUGAUCGGCAGUCUUGUCGGUGCUGUCCUCUCGACCGCCGUCUAUAAAAUGUACGUCAACGUCUACGAUAUACCCGGUGAAAUGUUCCAGACCCCAACCGCCUACGUGUGGAUCUUCACCGCCCGUCUCGUCACCGGCGAGGGCCUGCCCGACAUGGCAUGGCAGGCGUCCGUGAUUGCCGGCAUCGUCUGGGUCAUUCUAACCGCCAUCCGCAUCAUGGCCUCCGCGCCGAGUUUCUUGCACAACGGUCAGCCCCCGGCCUGGAAAGAUUUGCUCCCCGGCGGGAUCGCCGUCGCAGUGGGCAUGUUCAACGUGCCAUCUUUCACUCUGGCUCGAGCAAUCGGCGGCGUGAUCGCAUGGUGGUGGGCGCGUAAACAUGCGCAAUUAACCGGCCAACCUGAUCAGAUCGACCUCACGCACGGCAUCAAUUCAUCUUCGACGAACGUACUCUCACCCCCACCUUUACACACCGGACAAAGGGCAAGUCCCUCUGCACAAUCCGCGUCCAAAAAGGCCGAUGCAGCUUCCUCGACGGUCGUCGUGCUGGCCUCGGGUCUGAUCCUCGGAGAGGGCAUCAUGAGCAUAGUGAAUCUGCUCCUGGCAAGUGGUCGAGUUCCUCAUUUGUAG